GUCCCGGGGGCAGGGGCUCGCGCUUCCCGUGAGCGUCCCCGGGGCCGGGGCCGGGGCCAUGAACGGCUUCAGCACGGAGGAGGACAGCCGGGAAGGGCCCCCAGCCCCGGCCCCGGCCCCCGCGCCCACCGCCGCGCCCGCGCCCGCCCCCGGCUACGGCCAGAGCUGCUGCCUGAUCGAGGACGGGGAGCGCUGCGUCCGGCCUGCCGGCAACGCCUCCUUCAGCAAGAGGAUCCAGAAGAGCAUCUCGCAGAAGAAACUCCGGCUGGACAUCGACAAGAGCGUAAGACAUCUGUAUAUCUGUGAUUUUCACAAAAAUUUCAUCCAGAGCGUACGAAAUAAAAGGAAGAGAAAGACCAGUGAUGAUGGUGGCGAUUCUCCUGAGCAUGAAACCGACAUCCCUGAGGUUGAUUUGUACCAGUUGCAGGUGAAUACACUGAGGCGCUACAAAAGGCAUUACAAGUUGCAGACCAGACCAGGAUUCAACAAGGCACAGCUAGCAGAAACUGUCAGCCGUCACUUCCGGAACAUCCCAGUGAACGAGAAAGAGACCCUUGCUUAUUUCAUCUAUAUGGUGAAGAGUAACAAGAGUAGACUGGACCAGAAAGCAGAGAGUAAUAAGCAGCUGGAAUAAUGAAGAGUCUGACUGUAAAAGAAAUUAAGUACAAUACUUAAUGGACUGGUGAUACCUGGAACAUUUGUACCUAUGAAGACUGUUAAAUUCUACUGUAAAUUUAAGGGAAAAAAAGAGUAUGAAUGAUGGAAGAAUUCAAUUUUCAGUUAAGUUCAACAAAGAUUCAUUAAGCGCCUGCUAUAUAUGUAAGGCCCUUUGUGGCCAGGAGUAGUGUAUUCUAUUGCUUCGAUAUGUGUAUAGAAAGACUUUCCUUUAAGACUGGAUUGAGAAAUAGAGUCAAGCACUCUUACAUGACUGUGGCAGGCUAUGAUGCAGCAGAUUACAGCAUUAAAUCAUUUCUUCUGGAAAUGUGGGAUCUAAUAGGUUAUAAAUCAAACAAUUCAAUAAUUACCCUAGAGCCAGAUGGCCAUCGUGUUGGGAUCCAGCCAUAGAUGCCAGGGAGGCAGCAGUUGAGGAUUAAGGUGCAUGGGCAGAAAGAUGUCUGUACCUUCACGUAACCUGCCCAGGGCCCAGAAGUCCCUCAUUUCUCACCAGCUUUGCAAUUCACUGGAGUCAGCCAACACAUCCUUCUGAACCCAUUGGAAAUCUGUUUCCACACCACCAACACAGUGCCUUACCUGGAGUAGGCACUCAGAUAAAGAUCUGUUGGUUCAUUGAGCACCAAAAAUACCAAAUGUGAACAGCUGCCCCAGAUCUCUUCUGUUGGAUUGGUGGGAAAGAUUAGUGUCGUGCUUCAGGUAGGAGUUGGACUGGAUGACCACCCCAGGUCCCUUCCCAACUCUAAGAUUCUGUGACCUUAUUUUGGAGAGAGUGAAAGGAAUUCAAGUAUUUGGUGUGUAUGUGUGUGUGGCAGGGGGGAGGGAGGGUGCUGGGAUGAUUCAAGCCAAAUUAGGAUUUCAGGGCAGUUGUAUUUGUUGAGCAAUGUUGCAUUUUUAGGAAUAUUGACAUGAAAAUCCAUACAUCUGGUAUUGCUAUUCUUGAUACACACACAGCUGUUUUUGCUGAGGCUAUGAGCUAGGACCCUAACCACCUUCCUUCAUGAGCAAAUUCCUUGGCCAAACAGAAGCUUCCUUCAAAAUCACCAAGAAUAGUGAUGUGAUAGUCUCCACUCAAAACCAGUUGAGGAACAGAAAAUGUUUGGGCUUCAGUGAUCGUGCAGCAUUGUCAGGCCUCCAAAGGUGUCAGAUAGAGCUUUUCUAUAUGAGUGACCCAUAUAUGUGCAGUUUGCUUCUCCUUGAUUGAUAAAAUCAAGCUGAGUAAUUUAAGCUUAGUAAUUUACCCAGUAUUUGGUGUUCUAAAGGUCAGAUUCUUCCCAUAUAAUUGUAUGUUAAAGCCAAGGUAUUUUUUCCUAAAGGUUUAUGUUUGAAAGUAUGCUUUUUGCAAAAGGCUGUAAUCAGGGUGUUGGGGGGGGGGGGGAGAAAAGCUUGGAUUUUUAACUUUCUGAAUUUCUUGAUUUUUUGUGUUUUAUGGUCAGCUGCCAUGUCCUUACUUGAUUUUUUGACACUGAGAUCUUAACCUUAAGCAAUGAAAGUAGUUUUGCCCCCAAAACAGAAUGUUGAUAUUUGUACAGGUGAGACACCAGGACCGUGGAAAUGAGAGAAUUGUUGCUGGGCGAUUUUAUGAAGUUUUAGCUGAUUCAGUGGAGCAGGUCCACAUAAAUACCACCUACAGGUCACUCACUACCAGGGGCACUUCUGUAAUGCAGUUGCAACAUGUUCCCAUUGCUGGAAAGCUUUUUACCCACAUCCAAAAUGCAUGUUCCAAAGAUCCAAGCAUUUUUAAAUAUUUGUAAAUGAA